AUUUCUCUCGCAGCGCACCGCUACAGUCCAAAACCAAAACCCCAAUCGCAGAGAAGAGGCAGAGAGAGAGAGGGGUCCAUCCAUGGCUUCCGCCGUCGCUUCCCAGGUGGCCUUGCCGAAGCCCGUCUUCCUCAUGGACAUCCUCGCCUCACCGCCCGCCUCCGCCCGCCCCCUCUUCAGCACCGGAGACGCGCCGCCACGCUCCUCCUCCGACGGCGUCAAGGACACCGACGGCGUCAAGGACUCCACAGGCGAGGACGCCGCCGCCGCCGACCGCCGCCCGGAGCGCGUCCCCAAGCUCUUCACCGGAGACGUGCUGGACCUGUUCCCCGAGGCUGCGAUCCGGGACCUGCUACUGGCGCUGGCGGAGGAUGGCGGCGGCGCGGCGUCCAUGACCGGCUUCUCCCCGCGCGGGUCGUCGUGGGUCUCCAAGGAUGAUGCCGACGCGGUGCAGCUGAAGGUGGCGAUGCCGGGGCUGGGGAAGGAGCACGUGAAGAUGCGAGUGGAGAAGGACACCCUGGUGAUCAAGGGGGAGGGCGACAAGGACUCCGAGGGCGACGACAAGAAGGACCCGGCAGGGUACAUCUGCCGCAUCGACCUCCCCUCCCACGCUUUCAAGGUGGACCAGAUCAAGGCGGAGAUGAAGAACGGCGUGCUCAUGGUGACCGUGCCCAAGAUCAAGGACGGGGAGCGCAAGGACGUGUUCGAGAUCAAGGUCGAGUAGGUCUCCUGGUUGCAGUCCAUAUCGUAGUUGCAGUCCAUAUCGUAGUUGCAGUAUACUAGAGUAGUAGUCGUUUCUGAUGCAGAGCAGCAGAACGGGAGGGCUUUGGCUUUUUAGCGUCUCGUUCCUGAUGUGAGGCAGCCGUGUUUACCUUUCUGUUCGUCUUGCAAAGUUUAGUUUCAUGUAUGGCGAUGAUCACUGAUGAUCUCGCGUGAUGAACUUCAAAUGGUAAUGGAAUCUGCAGUUAAAGAUAGACAUCUGUAUGA